UAAUUUUUCAAAUAAUAGGUAGCGUAUAUUGUUGAUUAUCUUGUCACUCAUACUCUGUUAUUUCCCCUGCCUUGGCGUCUGUUAUUUCCCCUGCCUUGGCGUCUGUUAUUUCCCCUGGAUUCCACCAACGGUAGUUUACCUGCAAAACAGCCUGGUGUUCCACUAUUUCCUCUGUUGAUCAGACAAGAAAGAAGCAGGGCAACAUUGAAUUGCAAUUCCAUUUUCACAAAUACGAUUGUCUGGCUUUUUGAGGUUUCAAAGACAAAACAUUUUCUCAGAAUAUCAGAGUUCGUUUUGAGAAAGCAUGGCAUUAGAGGUUCCUUCAUGGUUUUCCAAAACCUGUUCGGAUUUUGGAGCCGCGGGUUCUUCAGUUUCAUGGGCAGUAAAUGAUGUUGGAAAUUCAAAAGCAGAGAAUUUUGAAGACUGCAGGAAUGAUGUGGUUUUUUCAGUUUCAAGCGCAGAAAAUGAUUUUGGAAACUCUAAAACAGAGGAAUUUGACAAAAGUAUGCAUGAUGUAUGCACCAAAAGGAUUUCAUUCGAGAUUUCUUCAUGGUUAUUUGGAAACAAUAUAAACUCUGGUGAUUUGGAUAAAACUAGGAAUGAUUUAGUCGGAGAAGAGAAGCAAGUUUCUGGGGAGCAUGAUUAUGUUGGAGGUGUUGAUGAUUUUUGUCCUUUUAGUGAUAGUGAUUUUGAGGCUCUUCAAGCAGAGAUUUUUGUUGAAGAUAAUGCAGAUCCUUUUUUCAGGGGUAAUUGGAAGGAAGGAGAAGAUUUUAUGGUUUACUUUCUUGGCAGCAACAAUGACAUGGAAGUUGUUUCUAUGCUGUUGGAAGUUUGUAAUUUUCUGGAUAUGUUGAAUGUGGAUCCUGAUGCUAUGGAAGACGUAAUUAAACAACAGACUCAGUGCUUCCUGGACAUGCAUGAGAAAGUGAGGAAAGGAAAUGUAUAUCUUAUGAAUGCAACGUUUGUGAAGUUACAGUUGAUUGCAGGGUUGAAAUAUUAUAGGCAUUUUAAACAUAUGUGUCGUAUUGAGUAUGAGACUGUUCUUUCUAAUCCAAAUCUUUGUUAUGAAAAUCACGAACUUGCUAAUUUAAUUGGAUUCCUGUAUGACAAAGAACCAGAACCAGCUAGUCUGGACUAUGAGGGAUCCAAUUCAGCAUCCUGGAAAGCCUGCAAGUACUUGGCAGGUUUCCAAGGUCCGAAGAUGCUAGAAACUGACGGAGGAUUGUCUAUUUUUCUUGAAGGAAGUAGUGCUUCGCAAAGUAAAGACGCCUGUACUAAACCAGGAAACUCACUAUCCAGAGAAAUGAAAACAAGUAGAGAUCCUUGGCAAGAGUGCUCUGCAAGGAUGUUGUAUGACACUGUGCAUAUUAUCACACAUGCUGUCUCUGAAAAUUCUUCUACAAGUACAGCACAUUAUGGAGAAGAACCUUCGGAAGCUAGAUUUUUUGCACUUGCUUACCUCAGCCUUCCAGAUCUUCUUGCAGUUGAAAGGGUUUGCAAAUCACUGCGAGAUAAAGUUAGAAAUGAUCCACUUUUAUGGCGGCACAUACAUGUAGACAAUCCUCUCUGUAGAGGGCUCACAGAUGAUGCCCUUUUAAAUCUUGCUAAAAGGUCUCAAGGGCUUUUGCAACACUUAAGUCUAGUGCAGUGUCUGCAAAUUACACAUGAUGGAUUAAAGCAAGUACUGGCCAUCAGCCCAAAACUUACAGAGUUGUGUUUACCAUACUGCCUCAACUUCACUGGUGAGGGCAUUGUAAAUAUUGUAGAAGCACACAAGGAAUUCAGUUUUCCUGGGCUGAAACUGUUAAAGAUCAAUGGCAUUUGUAAUGUAACAAGCGAUCAUGUUGAGAAAUUGAAAUACCUAAUGGAUGGUGGUUCACAGAAGAGAUCUCAAGUUGUAAAACCACAUUUCUAUCCUUAUGGUCACCAUUAUUCAGAUGAUGACUGUUUGAUAGACGUUGAAGAGUGCCCUAAAUGUGGAAAAGCAAGGCUUGUUUAUGACUGUACAUUGGAAAGCUGCCAGGGGAAAGGUUGCCGGGGUUGUAUAUUUUGUAUUUCUCGUUGCAGGAAGUGUGGAAGAUGUAUUGAUGCAUUACAUGAUGAUUAUGAAGAAACAAUGCCAAUUUAUGAUUUGCUCUGUGCCGACUGUUCAUUGUGUUGUCAAAUACGAAGAGCUGUAGAACCUUGGCUUCUGCAUCCAUGAAAUGAUUAUGGAGCUACUCAUGCGCAUGCUAAUAAUGGGUAACAUUUGAGUUGUACAUUAUUGAUCUCAAAAUAUAGUUGUGGUGUACAGUGUGUACAAAGAAAUACAAAGAAAUGAUGCCUCAAAUUUUUAGCUUAUGUUUCUAUUUAAUCAUUCUCUGGCACCUGUUGAAGAUGGCAGAGCUUGGUUUGUUAGAAUCAUAUGAUUGGUGAGAAGGGAAAACAGCCCCUUUUUAUUUUGGAAUUGUUAGGGAAUUCUGGCUUGGUGAUCGUGGCUCCAUGGUAUGCAUUGUAUUCUAGAUUUUGGGAUGCAUUCAGGAUAAAAUUAUUGAGCGGUAAAUGACAAUGUUCUAUGUGGUCUGGCUGUAUACAAGUUUUGCCAGUCUGUAUAUGAAAAAAAAAAGAAAAAAAGAAAAAAAAUAGAAAAAAAGAAAAAAAUCCUUGUACAGGUUCUUCAAUCAAACCAUACAGCCAGUCAAUAGAUCCUCCAUUUGGAUGUGUAUCAUAAAAUCAAAAUGUAAUACAUUUGUAUAUAUAUGUUUAUAUGUAUUAUAGAGAUGUAAAUGCAUUUAUUGUA